AUGUUUGGUGCACUUUACUAUAGAUGCCUUGAAAAAGACAAAACCCUUGCCCUUAAAGUUGCCAAGGGUAGUUUUGGGGCCAAAAAUUCUAUAUCCCAGCAUGGAAUACAAGAGUUAAAUUGGUGGUUAGAAAACCUAGAAGCUAGUUACAAUGUUUUCCAACAUCCCUCAAUUGAUAUUGUUUUAUAUUCGGAUGCUUCAACUACAGGUUGGGGGGCAGCACUAGGAGAGCAAUCUACAGGCGGCCCAACAGAAGCAGAACUUCACAUUAAUGCCCUAGAGCAGCAAGCUGCAUUUUUUGCUCUGAGAUCUUUCAAGCACUCCCUUAGUGGUAAACAUGUUAAAUUAAUGAUUGACAAUACCUCAGCUGUAUAUAUCAUUAAUAAUAUGGGCACAAGUCACAGUGACAAUUGCCAUUCAAUAUGUGUUGCUAUUUGGGAGUUUUGCAUCACCAACAAAAUAUGGCUAACAGCUGCCCAUUUACCAGGGGCUUUAAAUGUAGUAGCUGAUAAGGAAUCAAGACGAUCAUACAGUGAUUCUGAAUGGAUGAUUGAUAGCAAUAUUAUGCAAAAAUCUCUAUCAGAUUUAGACUUUACACCUGAAAUUGACCUUUUUGCCUCUAGAUUGAACAAUCAAUUAAAUGCAUAUUGUUCAUAUAGACCCGAUCCGGAUGCAAUGUAUAUUAAUGCAUUCUCAAUCUCCUGGGCAAAUUUAAAGUUUUACUCCUUUCCACCUUUCAGUUGCAUACUUCAGGUUGUCCAGAAAAUCAUCCAAGACAAAGCCGCAGGAGUGAUAGUGGUCCCAAACUGGCCCACACAAGCUUGGUAUUCUCUCCUUCAACCUCUUCUAGUCAAAAGUCCACAGACAUGCAAACCAUCAAAGACACUCUUACACCUUCCAGCAUGCCAAACUCAGUCGCACCCUCUACACAAAAAACUGGAACUCCACAUUUGUCUUGUGUCCGGGAAAGAUUCUUAA